GUGAUCCCUGUCAAUGUGCAUCAGCUGUCUAUCUGUCACUGAUAAACAAAGUUUUCAACAAAUCUUAUCUACAAAUGCAAUGUGAUCUUGAUAAGUUACAUUUUACCAAAUCUAGCUCUGUUACAAAAUAUAUUCACAUAUGCAAAAAAUAAUGGAUAGGGGUUCGUAUGAAAAAUUAUCAAUACGAGAUUCGGCCAGAUCUUUAAAGAAGUACGGCAGUACAAGUAGUAAAUAUGUGACAAGAAAUGAAACUUAUAUAAAACAUUAUGUAUCACAAAGUGACACUUUGCAGGGUAUUGCUUUGAAAUACAACGUAACGAUAGAACAAAUACGUAGAGCUAAUAGAUUAUGGGCUUCCGAUAGCUUGUUCUUGAAAGAAUUCCUUUUAAUACCUUCACAAGAUGGAAGUUCUUCCAUAGGAAGUUCAUCAGAAGUAGUAAGUCCAUCUGAAGUAGUCACUUCUUCUCAAGUAACUCCAUCACUCAGCAGUAGCAGCUUUGAUAAUGAAAAUAUAAGUGAUUUCCUAGAUAAAAUUGAUGCCUCAAUUGCCAUUACCAAGGAAGGUGUUAAGAAAACUCAGACAAAUAGCGAGUUUGCAUCAAAUUUAGGAUAUGAUGACAACAGAAGGAAACCAGCUGUGUCACGAAUGAAACAAAUUGUAAACAAUAAUAGUGCAAGUGAAAUGUGUAACCCUGCACAUGCUGUUGUGGUACAACAAGGUAAAAAAGUUAGGACCUCUAUAAAACAUCAUGAGAAACAACAGGAUGAAUUGUUUGAAUUGUAGCAAUGUAAAGUUUGUACUAGGCAAAUUAGUUUGUUACCUUUAUUUGGAUUUUUUCAUGGCGUGUUUGUUAUUGUGAAUUGUGGGUCUGAUCAUGAUCAUCAUCAUAAACAUAAAAGUAUUAAUUAAAUAUUUUGAUAUAUUUUAUAUAUCUCUUUGUCAGUUAAUAUUUGUUAAUUAGAAUAAGAACUGAAACCAGUUUAUUGUUGUUUCAUUCUCUGUUGGGUUAUGAACUUUUGUUAAAUAGUUUGAUAGAAACAUGCACAGCAUAAAGUUAGUUAAUGCAAUAAGUUAUAAAAAGAAGUAGAUUUGUUUCUUUAUUUUUUAAUUUAAAUAUUCACCACUACUAAAUAUUUCUUAUAAGAAAAUAUAUUAAACUUUAUUUUUACGACUAAUGCUGUAGAUGUUUGAAAGACUAAUAAACUUUUAACUGGAAUUCAAAUGAAAUCUUGAUAAAAAAUUAUUACAAUUACACUUAAAUGUUCUAUGAAAAAUGAUGUUAGAUUUUUUUUUGCUUGGAACCAUGAAUUAUGAUCAGAUUCUCAAUUGCUGAGUACUUUAAUUUUUUCACGUAUUUAUAUAUUUUUUUUUUAAGUGAUAUACAUGGUGCUGCCAAGUGAAUUUUAGUUUGUUUAAUUAAAAAUUAAAGCGCCACAAUAAACAAAACACUCAUGCUAAUAAUUUUGAACAAAUAAUGAACCAUAAUUUAAAUAUAAAAAGGGUACAUUUCUGGGUAUUGUUAAAAAUAAAUUUAUUUGCUACAUACACAUAAUUGAAACUUCCACUGGAACAUGGCGCAUAAAAAAUGAUUUAGUUAAAAAAAAAUUUUAGUAAUUUGAUGAAUUUGCUUUUGUAAUAUAUACAAAAUACUUUUUAAAUAUAACUUAUAUCAGUGAAUCUCUUAGUUGUUCUUAUUGAGUCGAUUGCGGGUUAACAAAUCUCGGCUAAAAUAUUUAGUGAGAUUAUUUUUGUUACAUAAAAUUUGUUUGUUUAUUGUAUAAAGCCACAUAUUCAAAUUUUGUAAAUAUCUAGAAUAAUAAAUACAAGUGUAUGUAUAUUACAAUUAGUGUAUGUAAAUAUAUUUACAAUGAAGUUGAAGUGUGUAAUUAUAUGUUUUGUUAACUUUAUUCAUAUUUUAUUUAAAUAUAUAUAACUUUUAUAAAUGUU